AGCGAACACAAUGUACUCAACUUGCCACACGAUCGCGGUCACGUUUCAGGCCUUGUGCCAGCUCGUCGGCCAAUCAGGAACGAGGGAAUCUAAAGAGGGCGGGUACGACGCGCCUAAAGAAAGCAGCGGUUCUACUACUACACCACAAGCCCCGCCCAUUGUUUUCCAAAUAUGGCAAGAUGAACUACAAAGCGUCUGGAGCACGGUGUGUUUCCUCCUGCGAUUCUGCGCACGGAAACAUUGUUUGACUGUGUUUUAGAGAGACAAAUGAAAGCCACAGUCGCUUCUUGGUUCCAACGCCGUUACUAAAGGUAACAUUGAGUCGGGUGCAUCUCGGGUCGCGAUCCGGUGUCACCGGUGGUGUGUGCUGAGGUUCUCGUGGACCUCGCCGCGGAACACCGAGUCCUAGUAGCUGAAUGAGCGUGAGCACUGCUGGGAUAACAAGGAAGAGAGGUUGGGACGGAAAGGUGUUCUCUUCUGCAACUUCCAAGUAGACAUUGGUGUGUAGAACAACCCGUUACAUCGGAAGGGCCUUGUGUAGCCGUGGGAAACACUGAUGUAUAUCAGUGGUGACCUUUCAAGCGCGUAAAGCAACAGAUGAGCACAAGACGGAAGACGCAAAGCAACCACAGGGCCAUCAACAAACUCCGAACCAUGUCCGGUAGUUCCCGGGCGGAAUCUGAAAGAGACUCGGGAUUCUCCGAUACGAGCUCGGAGCCAAACAGCACCAGGGGAACCACGGACUCGGAGGACUUGACUCAUUGUGCCCCACAGCAAGGGGCAACGCUGGGGUCGGGCUCUGUGAUCUCACAGCUGGCAGUGGUGGGAGGGUCAUCCUACCCCAACAUGUCUCCCAUGAUCAUCAUGAACAACGUCUUGCUCAAGCAGUCUAGCGACCCCCCAAAGCCUCUGAAGCCCUGGGGCUUCAGGCCUGCGGUGGAGGGGGUCCUGCCGGUGGUCCCGCCCGCCCAGGUGGUCUUCAUCCAGCCGAUGCUCUCCCACCCAGCGCCCCCUCCCCAUAAAGACCCCCACUCCUCCAGACACAGGCGCCCCAAGAAGUACCUCCCCGUCCUCAAGUCCUACCCCAGGAUAGCCCCCCACCCCGGAGACAGCAGCUCCAGCUCCUUGGGUAGUACUGGCACUGCUUCUUCGUUGUCCGCCUCUUCCACGUCUUCAUCGUCCUCCGCUUCCUCAAGGUCAAAAAGAGGCACUAAAAUGACCUCCGGCCACUGGGAGCACUCUCACCGAGGCAAGCGUCACCAUCAGAAGAAGAAGAGCCAGUCUGGAGGUGGCGCUUCCCCGUCGGGGAGCACCGCUAUCGCCCCUGUGUCCCCUAGCGCCCUGUCACAGAAGCCCCUCUCCUCGGUGGAGAGCGAGCGACUUGCGCCGUCGGUGACCGUCCCCCCCUCCUCAGAGCCCAGGGAGUCGCCGCCGGUCGCCCCGACGACGCUCCAGACGCGGACGUCGCCGGUCGCCACGACGACGCUCCAGACGCGGACGUCGCCGGUCGCCACGACGACGCUCCAGACGCGGACGACGCCGGUCGCCACGACGACGCUCCAGACGCGGACGACGCCGGUCGCCACGACGACGCUCCAGACGCAGACGACGCUGGUCGCCCCGACGACGCUCCAGACGCAGACGUCGUUGACCAGCUGUGACCCGAAGCCCACGGGCCCGGGCGCCGACCCGGACCCCGAGACCAAGAGGAUGCGCUUCUGCAACACGUACAACAUCCUGAGCGAGUCGGGCCUGCUGGACAUCACCCUGAAGACCAAGGAGCUGCAGCGGCAGAACCGGCACACGCAGGGCGAGCUGGACCGCCUCAAGGAGCACACGGAGCUCUUCAUCCAGGCGCUGCUGAGCGGCGACCCCGGAGUCGUCCUCAGGCUGCAGACCCGCCUGCAGGAAGAGGAGGAGGAGGAGGAGGAGGAAGAGGACCCAGAGAGAGGGGGAGACACCGGGGAGUGCGACGCCGCGUAGGACGACUAAGGAUUAAGGGGGCUAGGGGGGGGGGGGGGGUAAUCCACUAGACAACAUGAGAGAGUGCUUGGCUUCACAAGGGAAACAGCUGGACCGGAAUAAAUGUGUCCCGCGAUCCAACACCCGCCCCGUGGCACCUCUGUAUACCCCAGACUGCUGUGACCUACAUAUAGUCCGUCGCCCGCUGGCUGUUGGAGUGCCGGACGGCUGGAGCCCCUGUUCAAGCCUUGGCACCUCUAAUUGUUCAAGUGAGGCCUGGAGGGUUUGUGUCGCGGGGACCAAAAGGGCAAAGAACACAUGAGACUGCAUGAGACUAUUUCGUCCGACAUUGAGCAUAGAUAUGGUGAUUAGCAUUGUGCUAUUUCUAAAGGGUUGCCUGUGAUCGUGACAAAGUAAGGUAAUGCGUACUGUAAGAUCGGUUUACUGUUGUCGAUAUGAAGCUCUCGUGUGCUAGUCAUUGUAGCUUCCAGAUGCAUUCACCUGUUGACACCAAGACUUUUUUUGCAGGCCUAAUAUUUUUUAAAUGCCUCAUUUAAUUUUUAUAUAAUUGAUAUGUACAUUUUUAUAUCGAUCUCGCUGCUGUUUUCAGUGAUGAGUCCAGCCCGUGCCUUAGUGACUGACUGAAUGGGAUCAGUGACGACUCCAACAUCUCUAAACGAGAGCAAUGUGUGCCUGAUGUGUGUGACUAUUUCAUUGCUCUAUUUUUGACAGUUACAGAGUAUUUUAUGUGGUUAACUGACAAUUUGGUGUAUAACUAGAAUUUUUUUCGUGUUAGGACGGCAGAUGCAAUACCAGAAAAUGGAAACCAAAAAAUAUUCUUGAGCUCUGAACAUACAGUCCAUGGGUUCCUCCAUGUGAGAAAACGUUCAACAAUUCAUACAGGUCCAUAGCUUAUUUUAUUCUUUCAUUCGUAUAUCAAUGGUGUGAAUGAGAGUGUGAUUCUACAAUCUUUUUUUGAGGUUCGAUUUUUGUUCCUGACAUGUAGCAACUUGUUUUAGUACUGUAUUUUUCCAGUUUUGAGUACAUAUUAAAAAUGCAAAGACAAUAUAACUUCAUGAGGAAAUGGCUGCCAAGACAGACAGCUCCACUGUACUUUGAUUUAAGAAAUCGGGUUUCAUUGCCUCACAACAAACAUCCAUCUGCAAAAUGAACUAAUCUCAGCUUUUUCUCACAAACAAAGGCUAUACUUCCAGAAGGUUGCGGUGCUCUGGCUGAGACAUAUUUAUUUUGUUAUAUUUCAGUAUGUGAAUUUAUCAUAUCUUAUUAACUGGAAUAAUGUGCAAAGCUAAUACAAGGAGGAUGAACUGCCGUAUAAGUGUGUCCAUCCCCAAGCAACAUAUAGGUAUUUGAAAUACAUACUGGGUCAGUAGAGUCUGCCAAACCCACAGCUACAAAUACGUAGAUAUUGAAUUUUCUUUUGCGCUUCCACGAACAAUGAAUUUGUCUCUUGUCCUGGUUUAAAAGGCGGCGUAGCAACUAGGUCCUUAAUGUCGUGGUAAUAAAAGAAAGACAGGCUCUAUCUUUCCUCUAGCCCAUGGGCUAGCAUUUAGAAUAGAUUUACGAUGAUAUAAUAUACAAUGCUAUACUAUUAAGGGGUGCUUGGAGGUCUGAAGACCCGGUUUGAAACGGAAGAUCUGUGUGAAGGAUCAUCAUGCACAUAAGAAUUCCUCUAGCACGGACAAUCAUUUAAUUAAACCCAUUAUAAUCUAAUGCAGAUGCUCAAUGGAUACCCCUCAUCCCCUCCUCGCUCCUGGAGGACAUGUGACUAAUCCUAUGGACAAAAAGACAUGAGCAGUAAUUAUUGGAAUGGGACAAAUAGAUAAUCAAGGUCAUAUGACCCUUCAUAAGGCUUUAUGUGGACAGUCGUUGCCAUACAUUAACUAUUUUCAAGGUCUUUUUAAAUUAAUUUUGUGUGUUUGGAUAACAAGGUUUUUUAUGAUAUUUUGCAGUGCAUAUUAUGCAUUUUGGUUAAUAUUAAUUGCUCUAUAAAGACUACAAGUAGUAGUUAAUUUUUCUAUUUAUUUUUCAUUGUCUAAACUAAUGCAAUGUGUUUGUGCCUCGAAUAAAUGGUCUAGAUAAACAACUCA